AUGUAUGAUUCGCAGUUGGUAAUGGUCGAUCAAAAUCGAUCCUUACUUAUGAUUAGAGAAGUGAAUGAAAAUAACAAGAGAUGUGUGGCAACCCGAAUUCGUUGGCUUGUCAAUCCGCAAUUUUUCAGAUAUAUUUUAUGGUUGAUUGCAGCUCCUGAAUUUUGCAUUCAUUUUACUACAGUUUUGAAGAAAAAAUUCGAUCUCGAAAAUGAUAUUAUAUUGCAAUUUCGAUUUACGGAUCUGUUCGUUGGUUCCAUUGAUCAUCAUUGGGAUUUUCGAAUUUCUCUUUUACUAAACCGUUCGUUAGAACUUGAAAAAAAUUUGUGGUUGCUUUCGACAUAUGGAGGAGCAUUAUCGGCCAUGGGCGAUUAUUAUUUGCAUUUUGCCAAAGAAGCUGGAAAUAUUUCAUGUAAGCAGCUCUAUCUUGCGUAUAAAUUGGGUAAUCCAGUAUUGAUCUCACGCUGUAAAUUAUAUUUUGCACUCAGUCUCACACAAAGAUAUUCCUUCAGGCGCGCUUUCGAAAUAUUAAAAGAACAAUAUUUAUUUGCAAAGGGAUUAAAAUGUGAAUUUUUAUUGCAUUGCUGUGAAGGCGUUUGGUCAAAAUUUCGUUCAAUUCAACUGAAGGCAAGGCAAAAGCGAAUAGAAAUGUCAAAAAGAAGUUUUAUUUUAUAA